CCGGGUCGCGGUCUGCGGGGACACUGCGAUUCCGGGAGGGGACGUCUCGAAGACCUCGUGGGCCUCAGAAUGGGAUACUGGCUCCUGCCCAUUUCCUAUGAGCCAGCCAGUGAAUGAACUUUGUGUGGGGAUGCCUGUAAACCAUCAGAAACCAGAGUCUUUGGAGAUGGACGCUGACAUGUCGCCCAGCUGCAAGCUCAGUGACUUGAGCAGAGGUGGCAGUCUGGAGAGUCGAAGCAGCAGCUCUCGGUCCAGAAGUUUCACUUUGGAUGAUGAGAGCCUGAGGUACCUCACACAUGAGGAAAAGGAUGUCAUCCUGUUCUUUGAAGAGACUCUAGAUUCCCUGGAAGAUGACUUUGACGAGCCAGCCCUGUGUGACAGUGGCAUUCACUGCCACUCUCCACAGUCUCUGGAAGAAAGCCCUGCUAGUCACUCCGAGCCUGAAGAUAUCAUUGAUUUAGUACAGCCAGGACCUGUGCCUGGGGAAGCUGAGGGCCUUCCAGAUGUGCCUGAGGGAGCAGGGGCAAGACCUGUUGGGAAGGAGGACGUGGCUGUGCCUGAAGGCGGGACGCCGGCAGCGAAUGACUCCCGGGCUGCGGGGGCGCUCCCCCGGGCGCCCUCCCCGCCUGGCCCGGCACCCACCAGCCCCAGGAAGGAGCUGCCGCCCCCUCCUCCGGCAGAGCACCCCAAGCUGCCCCGAUCCGUGCCCACGCCUCUGGUGAUUGCUCAGAGAAUUUCUGAGAAGUUGGCGGGAAACGAAGCCCUCUCCCCCACGUCCCCGCUGAAGGAGGGCAGGCCCGGGGAAGGGAGGACGCCGGCUUCUCCAGCCUCCCGAACCGCCGAGCUCGGCCUGCGGCCCCGGCCCGCGGCCCAGCCGGCGCCCAAGGUCCACCGCUUCCCCAGCAACAUCAGCGUGACCAACAGCGCGGGCAGGGACUUCACCAAGACCAUCUCCAGGGCGGCCGUCAACGUGCAGGAGCGCAAGGCCCAGGUCCUGGCCAACAUCAACGGCGCGGCCUUCCCGGCGGCUGGCGACGCGGAGGAGCCGAGGGGCGACACGGCGGGGCCCGGUGGCAGCUCCCUGGAUCGGGUUGUGAGCGUCCGGGGCAGGCCGGGCUCGGCCAGGGAGGCCCGCGCGGUGCAGACCGAGCCGCCCCCGCGGCUGGCCAACGGCUUCCCGAGCGUGCACGAGGCCCUGCGCAGCGAGCCCAGCUUCUUCGCACCGGCCGGCAAGACCGUCACCUUCCGACCCGACCCCGCGGCGGCCAGCAAGCUGGCGCGUCAGAACGCCUGCCGCAGCCUGUACGAGCCGCGCCACGACUGCGGCCAGGACGCCCGGCGCCGGGCUGGCUCGCUGCCCAGGGCCGUGGGCUUCAGGCCUCAGGGCAUCACGGUGCAGUUCUCCGGCCGCGGCUCCACGGAGGAAGCACGGCGUGAGGCCCUGCGCAAGCUCGGGCUGCUGAAGGAAAACGUAUGAGGCCAUUGAUGGGACCCCGCAGAAGGCAUGGCCGCCUGGAGUGUCCCCGGCAGACCUGGCCUUGGUGUUGACACUGGGCUGCCGAGGUCACACAGGAGCGGGUUGGCUGGAGUGCUGCAAGUUAGCAGCCGCAGCAGUGCGGCCUGUGCAGCGUGGAACAGGAAACCACCCCUCGAGCCCACAGCUGAGCUGGGACCGACCUGGCAUCUUCCUUGUCUAAGGUCCCAAGGGCUUCCAUGCCACGGGGCUUCAGCGUUGGAAGGAGGGGCCUUGGCUUGACUUGUCAUCCUGAACCUCUGGUCUAGCCUUUUCUUCCGGAGCAGGACAUGAAUGCCAGUUAGCUUCUUAUGCUCAGGAUUCCCGCCGCUAAGAAAAUAAAAAAGAAAUGCUUGUAAAAUUUUUGACAGUGUCAUCAUGCACUCGUUGAGGGUUUGUGUUUGCUUCCGAAGCGUGGAAGAUGGUACUUUACUGCUUUUGUUUCUUGACAUAAUUUGGUUUGCCCCAUUUUCCUAACUGAAAAUUGAAACGAAACCUUGAGAGUAUGAUUUACUCUAAUUUUGAGUUGUGAGAAUAAAAUAGGAGGUUGAGUUUGGAAAAGGUAGUAAUUUUGAGAAAGCAAGCCUUAGCAGACUCAAAAUUUGUGUUUCUGGGUUGUAUGUGUUUGAGUCUGUUGUGUAUUAUAUGUAAAUAUGCUAACAUAUACAUGGGUAUAUAAGUGUGCACGCAGGCACAUCCGUGAUUACGUAAGUAUCCACUUCUGAAGAUAUCUGUAUAACUACAGGAUGUGAACGCUUUCUUCUCUCUUGACAGACACCUCAGUAUGGUGAUGGACGGCACUAGACCUCGUUGCUUCCUGUUUGGAAAUCUAAGGACACAUGUCUGUGAUAUUUUGGUGAACUCCAAGUAGUUUUUCCUCAACGUGUUCUGUUCCCAAUCAGAAAGUAGUAUUUCCUUAUUUCAAAUAAGCAAGCUGGUUCCUGUUUGUAUUUAAAAACACUUUUUUAAACUUAAAAUCUUUGUUACCUCAUUAGUUUUAUGUGUUCCAAAAUACUAGACAGAGGGAAACAAGAUUCUCAAAGAGCCCUGAUUGGUUGUGUUCCAUGAGCAGCAUCUCGGAUUUGAUUUGAAAGGGAAAAAACAGUGAACCAGGUUACCGGCAUGAAAAGAACUGGUUUUCUCCCAGACUUUGUCUCUCAUGCUGAGCUGUGGUCACAACAUUAUUAUCAGAACUAUUUAAGGGUAGAGUCUCAAACAUCUAAAAAUAGAUAGGGAAGGGCUGCUCUGAGAGUCACACCCUUUGCUUGUACAUCCUGGCCAGCAACGUAACAGAGCCCAUUUCUUUUCCUGCUGAGCAUUACUGAGGCUCAGACUUUUAAGUGAGCUCUUGAAGGGCAUGUCCAUGUAUUCCACUCUCCUUGCAACUUGUGGAAAAUGAAGGAUUAUGGUUUUUUCCUUAGAACCACAGUCUAGCCUCUCGCCCAGCUCUUGUUAUUACAAAAUAAUCUCAUGCUUUCUUGAUGAGACUCAUUUAAAUAGGGGCUGGAAAUUUUUUAAAGUACUUUUAAGUUUGUUCCUGUUUAUGUUGGAUUUGCUGAAAGCAACCAUGAGCGUUUGUGUUUUGCAAAGUGAGAUGCCACACAGUGUUUAAUAAUCGAAAGUCUUAAUAGCUAAUGUUACAGAUGUCCUUUAUAUGUAAGGAUUGUUUCUUUUUAUCUUAUCUUACAAUUUUACUGUGAAUAGGGCAAGUAUAUUAGUUAUCUCACAAUAA